AUGGGCUUCAGCGAGGCGCGCGCUGGUCGGGCCUUGCUGGCGACUAAGGAUGGCUCUGCUACAUUGGAGGCGGCCUUGGCGUGGCUGGAGGAGCACGAGGACGACUCUGGCAUUGACGAACCCCUUACCGUAGAAGAGCUAGCUGCACGCAAAUCCGCUGAGAAGACUCCCCUUACAGAAGAGGAGGCGCAGCGCCGUGCCUAUGAACUGCAAAAGAAGCUAAGAGAGGAACGCGUCAAGAGGGAGAAGCAGGAGGCAAUCGAGAAGGAGCGUUUGCGGAUGCAGCAAUCGAAGGCGCUUCUAGAGCAGCAAGCAAGGCUGGAGGAGGAGACUAGGAAGCGCGCCAUUCUGCAGCUUCAGAAAGAAAAGGAGGAGGCUAAGAAGGAGCGCGAACGCCAAAGGGAAUUACUCCGUCAGGAUUACCGAGACCGGUUUGGCUGCGAGAUGCCAGAGGAUACCUCUCCGGCAGAUGCCGAGGAUAGAAUUGCUAAGAUGAGCGCCAAGGAGAAGGUGGCUUUCUACAGCAACGCGUUGCUUAAGAACUACAGAAAAGAGGAUCCGCAGAAGCUCCUUGUUUGCCUUACGACCCUUCGGGUUUACGCGAUUAACGCCAAAGACAACCCAACUGAACCAAAAUACCAUCGUAUCAGGCAAGGGCUCUGCUCUCCCCAGAAAGAGAACGCGGCAUUUAAAUCACGGGUGCUGCCCUGCGAAGGGGUACUGCAACUUCUCGACGCCUGUGGCUUCAAAGACCAGGGCGAUGCUCUGGUGAUUGAGGGACAACCAGAUGGCUUUGUGUUAGCUCAGGCGGUGAAGUUCUUUGAUCUGUUGAUUGGCCAGCUCCGCUCUUGA